UCUGAACGCAGUUCGCGGCAGCAAAACUUUGUGCUUUAUUGAAGAUACGAUCAAAAAUUGUCGAUUACGCAGGAAAUCCAAAAUAGUUGUUUUCUUUUCAAUUGUGAUUAGUGCGUAGAUUUUUUGCUGCCUGCGGUACGCGUACUUACAGUUAAUUGCGACAAAUCGACAAAAUUAAUGAUCAGAAGUGCAUAGCGAAGAUUUGGUUAUCUAUUAAAUUGUACAGAUUCAUCACACAUACACAGAAAAAAUUACGUGUAAAAAAUUUAUGCUGAAAGCCUACAAAAAUCGAAUCACGCACACAGUUUGCUAAGAAGAUAGCUUACUUUCUAGGACGACGGAACUAAAAGGAUGCCUGAUCACAGCGAUUUAGACCGGCAGAUUGAGCAGUUAAAACGUUGCGAAAUCAUCAAAGAAAAUGAAGUGAAGGCUUUGUGUGCUAAGGCUCGCGAAAUUCUAGUAGAAGAGGGUAACGUACAACGUGUAGAUUCGCCAGUUACGGUUUGUGGUGACAUUCACGGACAGUUUUACGACCUUAAAGAACUGUUCAAAGUCGGAGGAGAUGUGCCGGAAACCAAUUACCUAUUUAUGGGAGAUUUCGUCGAUCGGGGCUAUUACAGUGUCGAAACGUUUCUCUUGUUGUUGGCUCUAAAAGUUCGUUAUCCCGAUCGUAUCACACUGAUUCGCGGUAAUCACGAGUCCCGUCAAAUCACCCAGGUGUAUGGAUUCUAUGACGAAUGCCUCCGAAAAUAUGGUUCGGUGACGGUUUGGCGCUACUGCACGGAAAUCUUCGACUACCUCUCGCUAUCGGCUAUUAUCGAUGGAAAAAUAUUCUGCGUGCACGGUGGCCUUUCGCCUUCCAUACAGUAUUUAGAUCAGAUUCGCUCGAUCGACCGCAAACAGGAAGUCCCCCAUGACGGACCGAUGUGCGAUCUGCUGUGGAGUGAUCCGGAGGACACUCACGGUUGGGGAGUUUCGCCGCGCGGUGCUGGCUAUUUGUUCGGUUCGGAUGUGGUUUCACAGUUCAAUGCGGCCAACGAUAUCGACAUGAUUUGCCGAGCUCAUCAGCUCGUGAUGGAAGGAUACAAGUGGCACUUUAACGAGACAGUUCUAACCGUUUGGUCGGCACCAAACUAUUGCUAUCGGUGCGGCAAUGUGGCGGCCAUCCUGGAGCUCAACGAGAAUUUGCAGCGAGACUUCACAAUUUUCGAGGCAGCACCACAGGAAAGUCGUGGUAUCCCGUCGAAGAAACCGCAGGCUGACUAUUUCUUAUAAAAGCUAGCCGCACGACUGAUACCGGACCGAUCCUGACCGGCCCAGGUUCGCCCUCGUGGGUUUUCCAGUUCUACGGUACGCUUCAUAUCGAGCUCUCAUCCAGCCGUCAUUAUUUGGAAACUCCAUGUCUUCAAUGUCUUUGGUAAUAUUCUGUUCUCUUUAGCUUUCUUCAAAUAGAUUUUUAGUCUAGGUUUUAAAUCUUUAAAAUCCGCCUUUCUAUUAGUUUUAAUUAAUCAGCUAUUAAAGAUCUAUUUUAAGUUUUGUCCUUGUCGAUUUUUGCAGAAGUUGAAUACAUCAGACUACACGAAGAAACCUGCUUCUUUUACAUAUGUUAGUAGUAAAACUUAUAUACUCAAUAAAUGUCACAGUUUAGGAGUGAGGAUGUUAAGUAUGAAAAUGAAAAACGAUGCUUUUGCUUUAUCGAUUUGGAUUCCUAUUCAUGUGAUUGAGUUCAAAAUUGAAGGACGCAGAUGAAACAGUAUAAUCCGAAGGCAAAAUUGGUAAAUUACUCAUCAACAUUAGGAAAACAAAGAUGAUAAAUCCAACUUUGCGCAAUAAAUAAAGUACAUUGUGCGUAAGAAUUACAACGUCUACUAUUUAUACAAAUAUGAGAAACUGUAUUAUAUUUAAGUGCAGUAAGCAUAUGAACAGAUACAAAUACGUUUUCUUUUGCUGUUGAAUGUCCACACAUAAUUCAUUCUGACUCCCAAUCAGGCCUGUCGUGCAUCGUUAAGCAGUAAAAUUCACGAAAAAUGGAUGAUAGUUUUUAUCCUUGUUUUCCACAAUUCAAAGAGAAGUACCCGCCAACACAAGAACCAACUCUUAUUUUUCGUAAAUUCAUGGCUGAUUGUAACUUUUAGAAUUUUGUCGAACAACGCAAUGUGUGUCGCUCAGGUAAUUCAUUUGAUUUAUGAAAUCAUCCGGUCUAGAGCGCCAUAAUUCAUCAAAGCUCCGAUGUGCCUGACAGAGACCAACAACAUAUUCCAAACAGAAAACAUGGUCAUCGGAUUGUCGCAUGAGAAACUCGAUGCCAAUGGAAAGUACUACCUACUACAAACAGCUGAACGAAUCGAACAAACACAUUUGAUAUAGGUAUCUACAUCUACACACUCAAGACCGUGUGCAAAUCCGAGACCCAACGGUGACGAAAACGUACAGAUUCAAUAGCAACUACUAUUACUGAUGAUACUUUUAUUAUUAGCGUUAGAAAAAAACUUGUACGAAUAAACACGGAAAUGCGUACAUAUUCGAUAGUUUAUAGUAUAA